CCAGGAAGGGUUUGAAUUGGGACGCGGCCGACGCCUGCAUCCAAAAACCAACAGAGAGAUCUCCUCCUUUCCUCGUCUCACCCACCACCUCUCCCUCUCGAUUCUUCGUUGGUUCUUGCCUCGCCUGCCUCCCACGCUGCCGCCAUCGUCAUCCGGGCAGCCACCCCACCAAUCGCCAUUCCCCUUGCUUUCCCCUUCCCCAACCACUCUCGCUCCCGCGUCACCCAACCCCAUCCCAUCCCAUCCGAUCCUAUCCCCCGCAACGGAAUCGGGCGGCGGCGGCCGGGGCGGUAGGUAUCGCUCCGGAUCCGAGCGAAGGAUCCGGCCGUGUGAUGCGCGGAUCCAGGUGAGGCAGCGCGGCGCGAGCCAUGCCGAGUGUCGGCGUGCAGAUCUACAGCGUCUUCUUCAAGCUCUUCCUCCGCCACCGCCUCCAGUCGCUGGCCAACGCCCCGGUGGACCCCGGCUCCGCGGCGUUCGGGGUCUCCUGCCGCCCCGACGAGGCCACCGCUCCGGCCAACCCGGCCUUCUCCGCGGCCGACGGCGUGGCGUCCAAGGACCUCCACAUCGACCCCAACUCCUCGCUCUCCGUCCGCAUCUUCCUCCCCACACCGCCGCCGCCGCCGCACGCGCACCUCGCCCACCCGCGACGCGCCAGCGACCCCGCCCCAGCCGCCGCCGGCGCGCCGUACCGCGGGUACCUCCCGCACGCCGUCUCCUCGCCGCGCGCAGCGGCGUCGGCGCGACGGAGGCUGCCCAUCGUCGUGCAGUUCCACGGCGGCGGGUUCGUGACAGGGAGGAGCAGCGGCGCGGCCAACGACGCCUUCUGCAGGAGGGUGGCCAAGCUCUGCGACGCCAUCGUCGUGGCGGUAGGCUACAGGCUCGCACCCGAGAGCCGGUACCCGGCCGCGUUUGAUGACGGUGUCAGGGUACUCAAGUGGAUCGCUAAGCAGGCGAAUCUCGCCACGAUGAACAAGGUCAGGGGAGGGGUGGACACGUUCGGUGCGUCCACUGUUGAGCCGUGGAUUGCUGCACAUGGUGAUCCGGCAAGAUGUGUUCUACUUGGUUCAAGCUGUGGUGCCAAUAUUGCUGAUUAUGUCACUCGGAAGGUGGUUGAAGAUGAGAAGCUAUUUGACCCAGUUAAGGUUGUUGCACAGGUUCUGAUGUAUCCCUUCUUCAUAGGGAGUGUUCCAACACACUCGGAAAUAAGGCUUGCUAACUCAUACUUCUAUGACAAGUCCACAUGUAUACUUGCUUGGAGAUUAUUUUUAUCAGAGAAAGAGUUCAACCUGGACCAUCCGGCUGCCAACCCUCUGGCACCUGGCAGAGGAGGCCCACCACUGAAAUGCAUGCCCCCAACCUUGACAGUCAUUGCUGAACAUGACUGGAUGAGGGAUCGAGCGAUUGCAUACUCUGAGGAACUCCGCAAGGUAAAUGUCGAUGCACCAGUUCUCGACUACAAGGAUACGGUUCAUGAGUUUGCAACAUUGGAUGUGUUCCUAAAGACACCGCAGGCCCAGGCCUGUGCCGAGGACGUUGCCAUAUGGAUGAAGAAAUACAUAUCCCUCCGAGGGCACGAGUUCUCAUAUUAGUUGUAGAAAAGAUCAGCAUUGUGAGAUCAUGGGAGGGAUUUCGAAUUAUAGGUGAGAUAUACUCUUCGGUGAUUUCUGUGAAAGAUGUAGUGUGCAAAUUGUAGACUGUACUCAGAACGACGCUCUUCCCUUUGUAGAGCUCAAUUCUUUCAUUCCUUUUGUACCCUUUGUGUAUUAUGGAAUUACUGGUGCUUGAAGUUUCCAUUUUUUGAGAAAAGAAAUUCCAUUCUCCGUGGUCCAGUUGCGAAG